AUGCUCUCCCGCUGCUUAUUUUGCCUGAGCGGAGGGGAAAAGUUAAUCCCCUCGCUCGUGCGGGCGGCGCAGCGGGAGCCCGUCUACCUUCGUCGGGCGCCUCCCACGCGCUACUUUACCUGCACGCCCCCCCCUCGCGCGCGACGUCAUCUCACCCGUUUCCUCAAGAGCGACAACGACGACGGGAAGGGUCGUGGCGUCUUCGCCAUCUCCUCCACCGCCUUGACGGAUCUCCACUUUGAAGAAGAAAAGACGCUUUCCACCGUUCUCAUCGGGUUGCCGGAGGUCCACAGCGAGGACAACGCGGCGCGUUUCGUCGAGGUAAACGCGCGUGCGCUCCAGGGGUUGCAUCUGGUGGUUCUGCCGGAGGUUCAUCCGAGCGCAGGGGAGGCGUUGAGGGCGAUUCGACGGCGCUUUCCGCAACUUCGCAUCGCCGGUGGGAGCUUCGCGCGGGCGUUUCUCUCCGACGCGACUUUUUUCGACGGGGUGCGGCGGGCUAUUCGCGAGAACGCCACCGGAGCAAAGGAGAUAGUCUUCGCUGAGGUGGAUAAUGAAGAAGGGUGGGUGGAGUUGGUGGAUGGCCUUUCCCUCUCGAUUGAAAAGGCACGGGAGGAAAAGGAAACGGGAGGGGAGGGUGGCGGUUGUCUGCAGGUCUACAGCGUCCCCUCCCACCCCCUGCGUGAGGAGCGCCGCCGUGGUGCUCGUCGGUUUCGCCACCACCCGCCGCAUUUCGAUCAGCAGCACUUUUUUUUCUACGAUCCCGCGUUCGAAGCGAUGCAUGUGGGGGCCUCGGCCGGGUGGUUGCCGUGGCUUCCGCAGAUUUUAACGGAAUCCCGCGCGGCGUGGAUCUUUCCCCUCCCACCCCUGAUGGCCGCGGAGCAACGCGAGGAGGAUGGGUUGUUGUUGGAGGUGUGGCGCGUCCGUGAGGCGGCGGAGAGUUUCGCGCAGGCCCUCCGUAAGGUGCCCUCCAUCCAGUACGUCCUCGCCGCCGGCUACGGUGAGCUCCCUGGCGACGUCGAAGAGGUGAUCACCUCGCUCGAUCACACCGCUGGUGAGCUGGAAAAGCUACGGAGUCGGCUGGCAAGACGGUUGGAGACGGAUACCGGACGCGAUCUUCCCAAAUGGAGUGCACUGCUUCUCGAAAAGGUGGUGAAGGAGCUCGGGUGUGGAAAUCGGGUACGCGAUCCGACCUCAGCCGAGGUGUGGAAUGGCUUUCUGCGAUGGGCCGCGGAGGACGACCUGGGCCGUCUUUGUCGAGUCCUCACGCGGGCCGCCAUGAGCCUCCCCCCAACGGAGCCGACGGAAUCGGAAACCCCCCAGGUGGGUUCGCCCGCCGAUUCGGUGAAACCACCCCUGCCGAAGCGCGUAGUUGAUGUGGAAAACGAUGAAGAGCUCGAGGGGCCUCAAGGGGUGGUGCUGAUGCAAUCCAUAUUUAGCAAAAAAGGCCUCCAAAGCUUGAAUAGGAUCGUGCGGAAGGAGGAAAUCGACGUGCGCGUGUUCCUGGCUAUGAAGCAGGAGGACUUCACGCGCGUCUUUAAGACCACUUUUGGGCUCUCGAAGAGGCUCGAAAGGCUCCAGGUCGAGCUAAAGGAAAAGAUUCCUCCUAGCAAAUUGUGA